AAAAGUGUUACUUCAUGGAGAUGAUCCCCAAAGGACGCCUCCAUGAACUAGAUGAGCACAACAGAAAAAAAGUUCAGGUACUUCCGCAAUCACGCUUGUGUCCCAUGGUGGAACAAAGGUUGAACAUCCCACAAGAAAACUGCAGACUGGAGUCCAAUCAGUCCCUUACCCAAUCCCGCCAAAACAGCUGUUCUGAUUGUGAGUCUGGAAUUUCUGCUCUGGAGGAUGCUAUACCCCAGAUAAUUAAAAGGAUCCAUAUUAAAGAUAAUAAACAGGACAAGGAGCAAGGCUCUAACAAUACAGUGGAUCAUAUCCUGAAAGAGCUCAAAGGCAUAAAUAAGAUUCAGGAGGAAAUAUCAGACCUGAGGCAGUAUCUAACAUCCGUACGAGGCUCAGUGGAUGAAGUGUCUUGUUGCGUUGAUGCAGUGCUGAGUGAAAUUGGAGAGUUAUACUCUGAAGUUUCAGCUGCACCUCACAGUAGUCCAAUUUCUCAAACUCACAGAACCAGGCGAGGUAGCCUGGGAAGACAAAACGCUGUAACGUCACCCCUCAAGAGUGACACUACUCCACUGUUUGAUUGGAAAGAAUAUGGGAAUAUUCAUGAGGGUUUACCAUCUCACAGACGUCCCAAGCAAUUGACUGUCAGUCAAAUUACCCUCCAAUCAGACCAACAAACAAUCCAAGAGAAGGCCUUGGAAAGCUCAACGAUACAAAUGGAUUGUGCUGCAAAACAAGAGCUUUUUUGUCAUCAUCAAAUCCAGGACUGCCAAAGUAACCACUCUUUUUCAUCCUGUGACUGCUCGGAUACAGGAUUCAUUUGUGUUGAUCCAGAGAAUGACAGGUGGCCUUCUAACUAUCAACAGUUCAAUAUUUGUGGAGGCGGAGGUUGGAGUAAGGGUGAAAUCUCCUGUGCAAACAGUGAAGAAUUACAUGUUUGGGACUACUGUUGCACAGAGACACAAAGCAGUACACCAGGCCAUUCUUCACACACUAGUUCUGAACACCUCUCAUUACUUUUUGGACUUCAUUACAACUCUCCCUCAUAUUCUCUUAGCUUGGACAAAAGAAACAAAGGACUACAGAAAAAAGAAAAAGAUUUGCGAUGUGUCUAUUCCGUUAAGUGCCCCUACUCACAAAAUUCUGGUUAUAACAACAUGGAUGCCUACGCAAAUGCAGAGAGCAGGGGUUCCUUCAUGACUGGAAGUUGCUCCACUGUACUGUUGACAGACUGUGAUUGUGGCUACCUAGAGCCCCAUUCACUGUGCGAUGACUAUCCACCAUCUGAUGACACUCUUGAGCAUGGAUCUGCAGAGAGUUUGGACAGGGACUGGACAGAUAACAGCAUCUCAAAAGAUGAUGUAGGAGAAUCUGUGUCACAACAUUCUUUAGAAAUUUCUGCAAGAGUGGGUUUUGAUGUUCCAACUUUUAGCAAGGCUGUAUUAAGUUUCAGGUCUUCUUUAAAGGGUGCUUUGAAAAAGUUUGACGCAUUGAACCCUGACGAUUUGGAAGAGGAUAUUACACACGUUGAUGAAGCAAAAGAGGUGAUGAUCACUACCUGUCAUACAGAAGAAGUGACCAACAAUCACAAUCCAUGUGCCCCCACCAAGGACGACAGUGAGGCCUCAGCCUAUACGGCUUGGAGAGAGACAAUUGAGAAACAGUCAUGUUCAGCUCAAGCAUUGCACCAAGAGGCUGGCGACUCUCUGUCAACCCCAAAUAACAGCAGCGAUAUAGAGACUUUACAAAGCAAAGAAGAAGGUCAAACUAAUUUGGAAAUGUCCGGUCUUCACCUUAAACCACAUUGCCUACUCAUGCAGGAUGAUUGUCCAUUGAAUGCAUUGCUCAGUUCAGACAAAGCAUCCUUCAAUUCUUCUAGUGAAAACAACAUUGUUGAGAAGUUCGGAAAACCUAUGGACGCCAAUCACAAAGCACGCAUAGCAAACUUCCAGCGCAUUCUUAAAGAAAAGAAGCAAACUCAUCAGAGGCUGUCUCAGUCUACUCAAGAUUCUCAGGGGUCUUGCGGCUCUCAAGUUUCUCAAGUAUUCCGAUCUCAAGAAAAGUAUAAUAAAGAGACAGUGCAAGAAGAAAUUCAGGUCGAACCUGUUCUCUCAGCUCCAUAUUAAAGUUGUAGGAUAUUUGUUUAUGUACUGUCUGUUUUUAUUUUCAACCUUCUUCACCUCAAAGAUGGAAGUAAAACACUGUUGAAUGUCAUUACAUGUGGUGGAAAGAGUGGAAUCAUUUUGGUGA